AACCGUCUAGAGUUUUCUUGCUUGUGGCACUGGAGCGUGAAAAAUUAACUUGAUAGCUUUUCAAAGACGACAAUUAAGCAUAUAGUAAGGAAAACUUUAUAUUCUCUCUGAAAAAUAUAUUUUUUUUCAUUUUGGAGCCAUGAAAUAAUGCAGAAAUGGCCUAUUGCUGACAGGGGACGACAAUGUCGCGGAGAAAACGCACGUCAAACAGGACGGACAUCCUGCUCUGGUUCUUUGUGGCAGCUGGCCUAGUAAUUGUUGUUAGUUGCAAAGAAAAGAAUGUAUCAAAUAAACCAUCGAAAUAUAAACUUACAAAUGUUUUAAGUGCGCUGGCACCGGACAAGAAUAUCCCGGCUGUUCUAAAUACAACCAGCACAAAAGCAAAGAAAAGUGUGCAUUCGAAAAAGACUGAUAUAUUGGAAAAUGUUAUGAGUCAGCUAGGCCCUGGCAAGCAAAAUGACAUUAGCGAAUCAGUUGGGCAAGUGAGUGAGGUUUCCGAACCAGCAAGAGACUUUGAUUUAUCGGCGCAAAGGCGAAUGGAGGAUCCUGGGUCACCAAGAGUAAUUAAUCUACCGGGAAUGAUAAAUGUUUUUGGGCCACCCCCAAAAUCGCGAUUCGCUCCACGCCCUCGAGAUCCUUUGCAUGUUUUGGAAAUUCCCGGCCUGUCAAGACGGAGUCAUGAAAACUUUGAGAUUGUUCCUCCACAUUUUAACUCUGAAAACAUUCCGGUACAUUUUUACCCCAACGUCCGCUCUCCGGAAGUAACCGGCGGAAAGCCGAAACAUUUGUUUCUGCCAUUUCCUAGAGAAUAUGGACUGCACUCUAGAGGUCUACACAGGGGUUUACAUAAUCAUAUUAUUGACCGAGAUUUUGGAGGAUUUCACGAUGGUUCAAAUGGUGCCGGAUUUGAAGGUUACAAAGUACCUCGGUUAUCCCCGCUCCAUCAAACUGAAUACCCUUCUUUCCCUCCGGACAGCGGUGUGCCGGUUGCAGAGGAUCACUUGCCGUUUAAUCAUAAUGAAUAUAGAGGUGAUUCUAGUAACGUUGAUGUGCAGGGGAGUGAGCUUGGACUCGUUUCUUUGCCGCCGCCCAAAAUGUUUUCACAUCCUCCAAGGCAUAUUUUCGAGAGAGGCAAAGAGGUCACGCUGGAUAACGGAAAGGAGUACAAUAUGAACAAUGAGUUGCAUGUUGUAGAGCAUGGUCAUCAUCAUCAUCAAUAUCAUCCUGAUACGGAUCACUACGAUCAUGACGACGAUCAGUACGUGCACGACGAAGAUCAUGACGAUCACUUCCAUCAUCCUGAAUACGAUGAUCAUGGUGAUGUAGAGGAAGACAAUGCCGACGACUCCUAUGAUUCUCACGGUUCGCCUAUUCAAAUUGCCGAUCCAGAGCAUGUUGUUCAUGAGCACCACAGUGUUGAGCACCACCAUCACUUAGUUAAAGCCCGGUGCUACCCAAAUCCCUGCCGAAAUGCUGGCACGUGCACUGCCAUGGAACAUGGUUAUCAGUGCACCUGUUCCAUUGGGUACAAAGGGUCUCAUUGUGAAGAGAUCAACCAAUGCCAGCCAAACCCAUGCAAAAACGGUGCUGAUUGUUACGAGACUGGGGACGGUUUUCAAUGCACGUGUACUCGUGGCUACAAAGGAGAGUACUGUGAAAUUAUUAACAGAUGUCACCCCAACCCAUGCAAGAACGACGGCUUUUGUCAUGACCUUGACGAAGACUAUCGGUGUGGCUGCUCAGCUGGUUUCAUGGGCAAGAACUGCGAAGGUGUUGAUUAUUGCACCAAUAACCCGUGCAAAAACGGAGGCACAUGCAUCAACUUAGACGACAAAUUCGAAUGCAUUUGCUCUGAAGCUUCCAAGGGCUCAAGAUGUGAAGAGUUUGAUCAUUGCCAUAAUUCGCCCUGUCUAAAUGGAGCGGCUUGCACAAACACUGGAGCCUCAUACACAUGCGCCUGCCAAGAAGGAUACUCUGGUACACGCUGUGCAAUAAGGGCGAGCAGGUGUCUUCCAAAUCCAUGCGCCAACGGUGGUUCGUGUAUGGAUGAGGAUAAUGGAUUUAGGUGCUCAUGCACGAGUUCAUUUGCUGGUAAAACCUGUACAGCCGAAAGCUAUUGCCAUUCAAGUCCUUGCAUGAACAGUGGUGUUUGUGUUGAAAAGCCUGGGGGAUACAGCUGCAUAUGUGCUGACCGCUGGACAGGACAGCAGUGUCAAGAGAGAAAGGAAAUGGGCUGCAGCAAUUGUGACGAUCACGCAGAAUGUUUUCAUGGAAGCUGCGUUUGCAAAAUCGGUUAUUCUGGCAAUGGUCAUGUUUGUGAAGUUCAGUCAAAAUGCCAUCCAAAUCCUUGUGAGAACGGAGCAUCGUGUCGAGAUAUUGCAGGAACUUAUGAAUGUCAUUGCGCAUCUGGUUUCAUAGGAAGGAAAUGCGAAGAAAUGAAUCCAUGUUUUUAUAAUCCAUGCAAAAACACUGGAAUAUGCAAUUACAUCGGCAAAGGAGAAUACCUUUGCAUUUGCAGUGAAAGAUGGCAUGGCCGGCAUUGCGAUGAAAUCGAUCCAUGUGCCUCGACUCCAUGUCAAAAUGGUGGCACUUGUGUUAGUGAAAAAGAAACGUUCAGAUGCGUCUGUGGAUCUAGAUUCAGUGGAGACUUCUGUGAAGUUGAUCGUUGCGGCGACUGCGAUAUUCAUGCCUACUGCGAGCAUGGACAUUGUGUUUGCCAGUCCGGAUUUUUUGGGUCGGGAUAUUCUGGAGACUGCAAAAAAGUCAACGAAGAAAAACCUCCUCCGACCCUAGCUUGUGAAAGCAAUCCUUGCAAAAAUGGAGGAACGUGUGUUGACGAGCCAGAUGGUAAAUUCAAAUGUAUCUGCAAAGACAGCUACGUAGGUGUCUAUUGUGAAAUCAGAGAAAGUAAAGGGGGCGGCGAUCCGUGUUCAUCCUUGCCCUGUCUCAACGGCGGAGUGUGUAUCUCUGAAGAGACAGGAACGUAUACUUGCAAAUGCCAGUUUGGAUUCUCUGGCAAAAACUGCGAAAGUGGACCUAUGGGUGGAGCACCACCAAUGCCAGAAAGAGGUCAGGGUGGAGCUCCUAUUCCGACCCCCACUCCACCCAGACCAGCAACAAAACCUUCACCACCUAAAGAUGAAAUGUGUCAUCCGAACCCAUGUCAAAACGGAGGAACGUGCAAACCUGGUCGCAAUGGAUCAUAUAAAUGCAUUUGCCUCGUUGGCUUUAGUGGCGGUCACUGCCAAGAGGACAUCUGUGCCGAAUGCGAUGUUCAUGCGAUCUGCGUAAGAGGCAAAUGUCGAUGCAGGGCCGGCUACAUAGGAGAUGGCUACGAGUGUAUCCGAGAUGAGUGCAGUAAAUGCCAUCGUGAAGCCCGGUGUAUUUCCAGUACAACCUGUGUCUGCAACCCUGGCUACGUUGGCGAUGGACAACAUUGUUCAAGAGAGCAGCCUCCUGCUCAGCAAACGAGCUGCCCUGCUGGAUGUGCUUCGCAGUGUGCAGAACAAUGCCCAAUCGCCUGCUGUCCACAUGAUUCCUACGUCCCACCUCCACCACCCCCUCCGCCUCCACCCCCUCCUCCACCUCCACCAGCACAUCACUGCCCAACCAUAUGUCAUUCACAUUGUUACCCUAGUUGUCCAAUGAAUUGUUGUCCACAUGGUGCAGCGCCACCACCACCUCCUCCACCACCACCGCCGCCACCAACGCCACCACCGCCACCACCACCACCUCCUCCGCCACCUCCACCACCACCGCCACCACCACCACCACCAAUGCCACCUCAAACUGUAACCAACACAAUUUCUGUGAUGGACAUUUGUCCUCCAGUCUGUUCUUCUAAUUGCUUGCCAUUUUGUCCUCAACUAUGUUGUGCAGCGCCAAAGCCACCGCCACCACAUCGUCCUCCCGUGAGGCCACCUCCACCGCCACCACCCCCACCGCCUCCACCACCUCCUCCUCCACCACCCCCGGCACCACCACCACCUCCUCCUCCCCCACCUCCAUAUUACCCUCCAAUGCCUGUAAUUAGCCAAUGCCCUACUGGCUGCUUCUAUAAUUGUGAUGGCAGAUGCAACCCAGCUUGCUGCUCAGUAAAACGUUCAUCAUUGCCACGGGGGAAAGCAGGUAAAAAUACUAGAAACCUCCGAAAGAACUUCAAUAUGUUAAGACAGUACCAACCCCCUGCUGCUAUAACCCCACUCAAACUAGGCAAUGGAGAAUUUGCCUGCUCAACAGUGACUGGCUCAAGGAUGUGUUUGUAUUUGCGCGGGGCCUGGAUUGCUUUUGCAAUUAUCAGUAUUGUUUUGAUUUGUCAAACAGAAGCGAAGAGGCACGAUAGUAUUCAUCACAAAUCAGGCCAUGGAAAUGCGGGCCGAAACGAGAAAGUUAACCAUGAAAUUAAUAGAAGAACCCACGUUUCGAUUGAUCGCCAUGCGGUCACGGAAUCGAAAAAUCCGAACUAUCGACGUUCCAUGAAGCGCGUAAAUGUCACUCAAGAACGAAAGUCGAAUUUGCUCAGUCGUAAAGCAGAGGAUAUAUUAAUGGACGAAAUCACUGGAAGCGACCAGGCAGCAAAUCGGGCCGAGAUCUCGUACAAUAUCCCGAAAGAACUAGAAUUUCUGAAGAGUUCAAUGAAAGAAGGUGAUAUAACAGACAUAGACACUGCUAAUAUGAUUGAUUUGAAUGAAAGGAAAGGGGCAUAUUUGCCUGUAUCACAGGUCAAAGCUUCUAUCAAUAAUCUUCCGGCACAAAAUUUACUAACCGAACAGUUCAGGAACAUAUCCGGAUUGCCGGAAUUUAUGUUCAGGAAAGCUUCCAAGUUACGGAGCAAGAAACCGGUAUCAUUGCUAGAAAAAGUUGCACAAACUUUGCAGCCAAGUGCAAGUGCAUUUUCAGGGAUAAAGCAGCUGAUCGAGGAAAACAAAGUAGAACAAUCAUUAAAAAAGCACUUAGAUAGUAUGAACGCUAACCUAAUCAAUGCGAUUGCACAUCCCCAACCAAACAACCAGCCAGCUGUAGUAGACACGGUAGACCGUGCUGCAACUAUAAAUACACUUAACGUUGCAAGUGACCCAGUUCUUAAUCCGGCUUAUAUAACGCCAGUUAAUCCGGAUCAAAUCUACGAUGAAUCUAUAUCGCCUCCGGAACAGCUCUUGGAUGAUUUGUCAGCGGGAAAAUUCAAGCACCCACUUGCUGAUAAAGAUUUAGAGCGUAUGUCCGAAUGGAAUGCAAAUAAAGAGUUUCUUGCCGAUAAUGGGUAUGUCAAUACCAAUGAAGGGAUGCUUGCUCCAAAAAUGACCCGGGUUGCAUCUGAUAUAAUGCCUGUCCGGGAUGUGUUUUUAAAACCAAAGAUUGCAAAACCAACACUAGGAAUAUCAAAGGAUUCUCUUGAACUAUUAAGAGACAAUCCAGAAGUACUCGGUCGGAACCAAAAUUUGUUAAACAGUCACCAGUUUCAUUCAUUAUCCGAUUUAGAUUCAAUAGGACCUCCAAUAUAUCCGGCAAAAGUUGUCCAUCUGCCCCACAAAUCGAAGCACAUUUUUAUGCAACCCAAGCAUCUUUACACCCACAUUGAGGGAGGAGAUUUUCAUCAUGAUGUUAAUGAGGGAUUUACAAGGGAAAACAGCAACUUUGCGAUGAAUGAUGAUAAUGAAGACGACCAUAUGGAAGAGCAUAUGUAUCACCCACAUCGACCAUCUUACAGCGCACGAUGUAGUUUUAAACCUUGUUUAAACGGAGGCAAGUGCACGGCCUAUAUAGACAGAUACGUAUGCACAUGUCGCGAAGGAUUCAUGGGCAUCAACUGCGAGAAGCGAAGUUACUGCUACCCUACACCGUGCAAGCAUGGGACGUGCUCUUCCAACACCGAUGGCUUUGUGUGCACUUGUGAACUGGGAUAUCAAGGAAAACGUUGUGAUGAGAGGGACAAAUGCCACCCAAGCCCGUGUAUGCAUGGAGGGACGUGUUCGUCAACCUUUACUGGAAUAUACUGCACGUGUCUUCCUGGGUACAAAGGAAAAUACUGUGAAACUGAAGCAAAAUGUUCCCCAAUAAAUCCAUGUUUAAAUGGAGGAAGGUGUCAAGAGAUGCCAUCAAAUUAUAUUUGCAUCUGCAAAAACGGAUUUGCAGGAAGAAAUUGUGAUGCCAUUCUGCGGCCAACUUCAUUCCCAGCUACACUUGAGCCAAAACCAGUGCCUCCUCAGGCUAUUCCAAUACCAGCGCACGGGCAACCCCCAUUCUUGAUGGAAGAGCUGAACAGCCUAAGUGAUGGUCCACUGGAAGAGCAUCCAGUUCCGGAGACCAAAAUCGAUGCUGUCCCACUUGAUGACCACCACGGUCACCAGGUAUUCGAAGAGCAUCAUUUUCCUGACAUUUUUGAUGACGAUGCAACGAGUCAUCACCAUGAGCGACAUGACCAUGAUGAACCUCAGCUCGCUAUCAGCUCAUCGCCUGCUGUCGUGUUGCAUUUGGGGGAUAGAACAAAAGACAAAAAGAAAGAGGCCCCGAAGGAUGAUGGGAAAAAGAAAAAGAAGCCACCGACAUCUCUGAAACAGGAUGACAGAUACGUCACACAUUUAGUUGCUGCGGCUCCUAUGAAAGGAAAAGGAGCAGACGAGGACAAGAAGACACCGGAGGAGAAAAAGCCACCUAUGGAAAAGCCAACCGCUAAACAGGAGAAACCGAAAGAAAGAAUUCCUACGGCACAGACUUUGAUGAGACUUCAAAAUCCGCAGAAUCUCCGAAUGAAUGAUAACAAUGUGUACACAGAUUCCACAGGGUAUUAUGCUCCAGGUGGACUUGACCAGAUAGCAGCGCAUGGCAACCAAUACCAGGGGCCUUCAGUAUAUGCAAGACCAGCAGUCAAGCACGUCGUUGUAAAGGAUGCUAGAAUAAAAUCCACUAAAGAUACGAAAACAAAACCGGGUAUCAAGCUGCAGCAGAAACCUCGAGUUGUAUGGGCAAAACCAAACACAGGACAGAAAGAAAACAGUAAAGCUAGACAACAACGACCGGGUACAAAAACAUUGCCUAAGAAACCAAAGACUUUGUGCCCAGGGUUUUGUGAAUCUUUUUGUGAUAAAUGGUGUGUUAACGUCGGCUGCUGCAAAAAGACUGAAAUAGAAGGUCCAACUGAGGCUGGGAAUCUUUCUGGAGGACGUUCGCUAAGUGUCGUGGCAAAGAAAGGUGCUGCAAAAGCAAAUUGCAAAGAAUGCAAUGAAAAUGCUGACUGCAUUAAGGGAACCUGCAAGUGCAAAGAUGGCUUUGUUGGAGAUGGAAAAACUUGCAAAGUAAAUCCUUGUAUAUUCUGCCAUGAAAAUGCAACUUGCGACAACGACACCUGCGUUUGUAAAGUUGGUUUUCUUGGUGAUGGCUUGAAGUGCACUCCAUUCACUAAUCAUUGUGCAAGGUGCAGCCCCAAUGCAGACUGUCUUGACAAUUUCUGCUUCUGUAAACCUGGUUACUAUGGGAAUGGAAAUGACUGCUGGCCGAACACAGAUCCGAUGCUUUACUCACACAUCAUUGGCUACACUAUGAAGUAUAUUGAUACGUACACUGUUUGUGUGGUUUGUUUGUUAUUGUUCUCGGGACAAGCCGUUGUAAAAGGCCAGUUUGAACGCUCUACUGAUCAAACUUGGAAUAAUUUAGAAAAAAAUGAUAAGACUAAAGAGUAUAAAAGAUGGGUCGAUGUAGACGAUGAAGAAAGCCUCGUACCACCGGAUACGGCAAAAUAUUCGCAAAGCAACAAAGACCCAACGGACUUUACGAAAAUAGUCGAAAAUUUUAAUAAUGGCCUAACAGCAAAGCUGAACUCCUUGUCAACUGAUGCUAUCUCAUCUGAGCAGCUUGGGGAACAAGAUGAUAGGUACAUAAAAGCUGCAGCAGAACAGGCGAACGGUCACUUCGAUGGAGCGCAUAUUAUCGCAAGUAAGGUGGGCGAUCUAGAUAAAUACGCACACGAAAUCGAUCCAGAUGUUAACAAUCAGAUCAAGGCCGCGUUAGCACAAGAUGGUAGCAGCCCAGAAGCACUAAACGAAGUAAAUAUUGCACUUUCGCACGGACUACCCAGUCCUGAGGUCCUUGAAAGUACCAAUCGCGCAAUACAGACUGAAAACCAUGAAGGAAAUAUCCAGCUGGAGCCACAACAAAUCGUUACGCACCCUAAACCAAUUCAUAAAUACGUUGGACAAAUUAUACACAAAGUCAAACCAUCGGAGCAUCGAUAUUUGCCAAUGAAGCACAUCUUUCUUAAACAUGUGCCACAGAUUUUGCAAAGGUUGCGAGUUAGGCCAGUGAGAGUACACAGGCCAAGGAUCAUUAUUGUCAAAGAGCCACACGUACAACAUCAUCAUGAGUACUAUGAAGAGCCAGAGUCUCCGCCCCCGGAGACAUCUGUUUGUUCAAUAAAUCCAUGCAGAAAUGGCGGAAUAUGUAAUAAUGUAUUGGGAGAUGUACACUGUGUCUGCGCAGAAGGAUUCAAGGGGGACAGAUGCGAAGUGCAAAACACUUGUCAUCCAAACCCGUGUAAGAAUAGCGGAGCAUGUUCGGAAUCUGAGCAAGGCUUUGUUUGCACUUGUGUCACGCCGUACAUGGGACCCACUUGUGAAGCAAUGAGUCAUUGCCAUCCAAACCCAUGCCGCAACUCUGGCACGUGUUACGAGAAACAGAAUGGCUUCUCUUGUAAUUGUGCUUAUGGCUUCAAGGGAGCCACGUGCACAGUUGCAUCAUUCUGUCAUCCAAACAACCCGUGUAUGAACGAUGGAGUUUGUUCGGAAGAUGAUGCUAGCUACAAAUGCUCUUGCGGCAAAGGGUACAUUGGCCCAAAUUGUGAAGUUAAGAAAUAUUCCUGUUCAGUUGACACAUGUCAAAAUGGAGGAACAUGUAUGGAAGAGGGAGUGAAUGUCAUAUGUAGAUGUUUGGACGACUACAGGGGCAAAUUUUGUGAAGAGCGAAUCUUCAAGCCGUGCACAUUCACAACCUGUCUAUUCGGUGGAACAUGCAUUGAAAUUUCCUCAUAUGAUUUCAAAUGUAUUUGCCCGAAGGAUCGCACAGGAAAGAGAUGCACUAUACCACUGAAAAACCCAUGUGAUGACUGCCAUGCUAACGCAGUUUGCAUAAAUCAUCGAUGUUUUUGUAAGGCAGGAUACGUUGGGAAUGGCUAUUUCUGCGAAAGAAGCCCAAGUCGUUGUCAUCCUAAUCCUUGUGAAAAUGGUGGUAAAUGUGUAGACAGAUUUGAUUAUCUCGGCACGGACGACUCACCAUCGACAGGACCAACAAAACAUUCGGAAGACGAUGGCAAUUUCUACUUUCAGCUUCCGCGAAACUCUGGCUUGGAUGUUGUCACACCAGUGGAUCCAAAAUUGUUAAAUGAAAACGGAGAUACAGGUGGACCGGUGAUGGAGAGUGCCGAAUCUGUUGUAACUUCGGCUAACAGACGUACAUUGCAGAAACGAGGCAAGAUGCCUGGCAGACAUUCUCAGAUUCUUAUUGCCAAGAAAAGUGCCAUUCCUACUCAAAAUAGACCAAAAGCUACUCACAACGGUAAAGUCAAAAAGGGGCAUGUGGCAUUUAGAAAAAGGUAUUCGGAUAGCACAUGGAGAUACGGAAAACAAACAAAUUUGAAGAACGAAACUCUUAGCAAAAGAAGUUAUAUAGUAACAAGAAAGCUUCCUCCGGAUGUUGACCAAACUCAGCUUGAGAUAGAUGGGUUUUAUUGCAUUUGUCCGGAACACUACAAGGGAAGGAAAUGCGAGGAGGUUAACGCCUGUCAGCCAAAUCCUUGCAAAAAUGGAGGCCAAUGUGUUGAUGUUAAUGGUGUCCCAACAUGCACCUGCCCAUAUCCUUACACAGGGACUUUUUGUGAAUCAACCAACAGUUGUGAACCAAAUCCGUGCCAAAAUGGUGGAACAUGUACAGAUAAUGAUGGGACACCUGUAUGCCUGUGUCCGAAGCAAUACACUGGUGAUAAAUGCGAAGUUGACAAGUGCUUGAAAUGCUCAAAGGAUGCUGAUUGCGUCAACGGUGCCUGUAUUUGUAAGCCUGGCUUUUCUGGAGAUGGCAUCACUUGUACUCCGACUACCAAUCCUGGGGAAUCAAACGGAUGUACAUCAAACCCUUGUCAAAAUGGCGGCACAUGUAAACAGACAGACACAAAUGGUGGAUAUAAAUGUAACUGUAUUAUCCCUUUUAUUGGGAAAGAUUGUGAGAGAAGAGGUGGUGGAGAAGAGCUUACAACUACCCCAUUACCAAAAACAACCCCUUCAAAAGAUAUCCUUUGUCAUCCUAACCCGUGCUUGAAUGAUGGCAAAUGCGAAAUAGUUGGUGAAUCAUUUACCUGCAAAUGCAAUGUACAAUACAAGGGCCCUCGAUGUGAAACUGAUAAAUGUAUUGAGUGCGAUAUCCAUGCAAGGUGCAUAGAAGGCGUUUGUAAAUGCAAUCGAGGCUACAGUGGUGAUGGAUUCAACUGUGAACCAGUCUGCGAGAAUGGCUGUCCCAAGCAUGCAAAAUGCCAAGAAGGAGAAUGCACCUGUAAUAAAGGCUACUAUAUGGAAGAAAACAUAUGCAUACAUCCACAUCCCGUCGCACCACCACCACCACCGCCGCCGCCGCCAUCACCCCCACAAGUCAUAAUGAUGCACCACCCACCACCUCCACCGCCGCCACCUCCUCCUCCCCCACCACCUCCACCGCCGCCACCUCCUCCUCCUCCUCCACCACCGCCGCCGCCACCACCCCCUCCACCACCAGCACCUGCUCCUGCAUCACCGCCGUUUGUGUUCUAUAAUCCACCCUCACCACCCCCAGCUCCAAUCCCAGUGCCUGCUCCUGCCCCAGUUAUGGCUGUGGAGCAAGGUAUGGAAGUGAUUCCUGGCCAGCCAGCUACACCAUCUCAUGCAGCCCCGCCACUACCCGGACCAGCACCAUCUCCAUAUGCAGAGGAUAUAAUAAUAUCGGUCUAUCAAAGUCUUGGAUGCUGGGCUGACGCUCCUGACUGGUGGAAUCCAGAGCACCGGGUCAUCCCCUCUAUGGAAGGAACUGACAACCGACUAAUGGAUGAAUAUAGACUCAGAAAGGAUCCCAUCGGAAAGUGUGCAGACGUAACGAAAGAACGUGGUUUUAAAGUAUUCGCAGUUCAGAAUGGAGGACAUUGCCUUAGUGGUCCAAAGGCAGACCACGAGUAUACAAAACUUGGUCCCUCGGAUAAAUGCAAAAAUGGGAUUGGAGGACCAACAGCAAAUGAUGUCUAUAGACUGUAGUCACGUGGCUAUUUGAUAAGCCAUCACAUAUGUGAUUGCGAUCAAGCAAUCAUGUUAAAUCAUCCAAAUGAUUAAACACAUUAUGUCAGUUUUAGGACAAGGAAGGUAUAAUGAUCAAUGAAGCUGAUUGACUGGUUUUGUUGUUUAUGUUGGUUGUUGAUUCGUAUGAUCAUGUCCUUCCUGGUUGCAAUACCUUUUUAAAGUUGCUGCAUCUCUCCUUUUAGAAGGCAUUGUAAAUGCAAAUAGUUUUGUACUAGCAAGCUUUUCACUGUGGCAAGCUUUAGAUGGUCAAGUCUAGAAAGGGCUUCAAAUGAAAACAUUUCUCUGUUCAGAGAGAUAUUGGGAAUGUAGAGACAAUCUAGUUUCUUUUUAGGAGCGAAUCAUAUUGUUUUGGAUGUAAUUUUAGUUAAAUUUUGUGUUGAGUAUUAACGACAAAAUUUUAUUUGUCUCUCUUCAUUUUCAGAAUUUUUUUAUCUUCUUAAAUGGUCUUGAAGAAUUUAGCUUUUUAAUCAAUAGAUCAGAUUCUAGUUAUACUGUAAGCUUCAUUUAGUUGUUUAAACCAUAAUGCAGAUUACUUUCUUCCCGAAAGUUUUGAAACCCUUACAGCUGUAUAAUUGUCCUUUUCCUUUGUCAAACGAAUAGCUGAUAUAUUUAUAUCUAGAAUUAAAAGCGAAUUAUAUGUUGAUCUGCUUUGGUUAAGCUUAGUAAUGUAAAUAUGCCAAGAGGAAGAAUUGAUGCUAUUAAGAGGUAGUUUGUUUUUGUUACAGUAAUUCAUCUUCCUGUAUCUUAAUUAUAUAUUAUCUUUAAUGAAAAAGGAAUUACUUUCCUGAA